CGGUUUUUCAUUCUACGUGUGAUUUUACGUCAUGACGGUGUUCGGUUUUAUUUAUUUAUUUAUUUUUGAGUGAAAUGCCGCUUUUUUAAUUAAUACGAAAUAAAAAAAAAAAAAAAUUUACAGUUUCAUAAGCUGCCAUUUCUUCUAACAUCUUUGGGAUUACUCUACACGGAUCGGGGUCCCGGUGGUUGGUCAUCGGGAUCCUUGGUUUCCGUUCGUGAGGUGCUCAAAAUGAGCCUACAGAGGAUUCUACCGAUGUGGUGCUUCCUCGUGCUCGUUGAGUGCACCCAAUUACAUAGAAAUAACAGUGACGAAGAUGGUUCAAAAUUAAUUCGAAUCGUCGGCGACGUUAUUUUUGGAGGAAUAUUUCCUAUGCACGAACAUCAGGUAACCAAUGUCAAUGUUGAAUCACCAUGUGGCGCUGUGAAAGAGGAAAAAGGUGUUCAACGAUUGGAAGCAAUGUUGUAUGCGUUGGAUCUAAUUAACAGUGACAACGAACUCCUCCCCAAUACCACCCUGGGUGCCUUGAUCCUGGAUUCUUGCAGUAGUGACACACAUGCUCUCGAUCAAAGCAUGGAAUUCGUCAGAUCUUACAUGAAUCAAGACAUAUCGGAGUACAAAUGCGAGAGUGGAAAAUCUCCCCUGUAUGUUCCACAUAAGCCAGUGACUGGUGUUAUUGGAGCUUCUUUUAGUGGGGUUUCCAUUAUGGUCGCCAAUAUUCUCAGACUCUUUAAGAUACCACAAGUCAGCUAUGCAUCAACGAGUACUGAACUCUCGGAUAAGAGUCGUUUCGAGUAUUUUAGUCGAGUCGUUCCUCCUGAUAAUUUUCAAGCUCAAGCGAUCGUUGAGGUGGUGCAUGAACUCGGCUGGAAAUACGUCUCCACUGUUGCAGUUGAGGGUGAUUAUGGGGAGAAGGGUAUUGCCAGCUUUAUCGCCCUUGCAGCCAUAUAUAAUAUUUGUGUGGCUGUCAGUGAGAAGAUCCUGAGAAACGCAAAGACCGAAGAUUUCGAGAGGAUUGUGGAUCGGCUCAGCUCUAAACCAAAUGCUCGUGCUGUUGUUCUUUUCGUCGAUGAGGAUAAUAUAAGGAAAUUGCUGCAUGCUACAAUAAAGGCCAAUCGGACAGGUCAUUUUAUGUGGAUUGGUAGUGAUUCCUGGGGAGCUAAAGCACAUCCUGUCAAAGAACAAGAAUUCGCCGCAGAGGGAGCAAUCACAAUCUUACCUUUUAAAAAUUCUCUCGAAGGUUUUGACAAGUAUUACAACAAUUUGCGUCCACGAAUGAACGACGAGUGCGGAAACCAAGCGGAGCAAAAUGUCGAACAUCCAACGUUGCCGGGAAAAAUAGUAAAUUGUCGAAAUCUUUGGUUUCGCGAAUUUUGGCAGCAGCAUCAUCGAUGUUCUUUUGGACCGAAAAAAGAUGGAAAACCACAGUGCACGGGCAAGGAGCAAUUACGAAAUUACGAGCAAGAAGGAUUGGUACCUUUUGUUGUGGAUGCUGUUUAUGCAAUGGCACAUGGGAUUCAUAAUCUGAUUGAGGACGUGUGUGUCGAAACCGACGAAUCCGAACAUUAUUUAUGUGACAGUUUGAAACCAGCACCCCGGGGGCAACAACUUUUGCAAUAUAUUCGUAACGUCACUUUUAUAGGUCGACAAGGGACUGAAAUUAGAUUUAACGCCGACGGCGAUGCCUACGGAUUUUACAACAUUUAUCAAUAUCAACGUGGUGAAGAAGGGCGAUUCAAUUAUACACUGAUUGGCACUUGGAAAGAAGUGUUUCCUUUCAGUAAACUCUCCAUGAAAAAAACAGAACACAAAAAUGCUACCAGUGGAAAUGAUUCUUUUGUGACUUCAUAUAACAGAUUGGACUUCGAUGUCAAUUUGACUGAAUGGGUUACUGGUCCUGGAGAGGUUCAUGUUCCCCGUAGUGCUUGCAGCGAUGAUUGUCCUUUGGGACACGUUCGUAAUUUUCAAGAAGCAUGCUGCUGGAGUUGUGUGCAGUGUCCCCAAGAAGCUUACGUUUUUAAUGACUCGUGUCAAAGGUGUGCUGACGGUUAUGCACCAAAUGAUAAUAAAACAAAUUGUAUAAAAUUAACACCCGAGGUUAUUCCCUGGACGAGUCCUUGGGCAAUAGUUCCUCUCGCUUAUGCCUCCAUUGGAAUCUUCAGUACUCUCUUUACAACUGCCGUUUUUAUUCGGUACAACAGAACUCCAGUAAUCAUGGCCUCUGGUCGUGAACUCUGCUACGUGCUUUUGGUUGGUAUCCUUUCCUGCUAUGGGAUGAGCUUUAUAAUUCUCAGUAAGCCAACAUUCUGGAAUUGCACCUACUUGCGAAUUGGUCUCGGUCUUUGCUUAAGCAUUUGCUAUAGUGCAAUUUUAACAAAAACCAACCGCAUUUCGAGAAUUUUCAACGAGGGUCGGCAAAUGAAACGACCAUCAUUCACAUCGCCAAAAAGCCAAGUGGCAAUAACAAUCGGGCUUACUGCAGUUCAGCUGGUUGGUGCUAUUUUUUGGCUAAUAAUUGAACCGCCUGAUAUCAAGGAAAUUCAUCCGUAUCCACUGACGGCCGUACUCACAUGUCGUGUGUCAACAUUCUCUCUCAUGAUGUCAUUGGUCUACAAUAUGUUUCUCAUUCUCAUGUGCACACUCUACGCAUUUAAAACACGGAAAAUACCGGAAAAUUUUAACGAAGCUAAAUACAUUGGUUUCACAAUGUAUUCCACCUGUAUUGUGUGGUUGGCCUUUGUUCCAAUUUAUUUUGGCACCAAUAACGACUACAAGAUACAAAUAGCGAGUAUGUGUAUGUGCAUCAACAUCUCGGCGACUGUUGCCCUCGGCUGCCUUUUAUCUCCUAAGGUGUACCUGGUGCUAUUUCAACCUUACAAAAAUGUCAGAUCCGGUCAAUCUCAUACAAGUGCCACUCAAGGUGCCCAACGGCCAGGUUACAGUAUGCGGUUUACAGCGGGUCGGAGUCAGACAAUGCUGAGUGUAACGUCGGGUUCGAGGAGCAGCCCACCGCCCACAUUACCUCGUGCAGGUUCACGUAGCGGAGGUGAACCAAAGCACGCAAAUGGUGAGCCGCAACGGAGCCUCGCCGCAAGCCCAUCCAUAGAGGAAACCUCCCUUAGCUAG